AUGUCGUCAUCUAGCAAUUUAUCACGAUCAUCCUAUUCUCCAUCAGACCCUGAAGCACCUCAAAAUAAUAGAAACUUUGAUCAGUCUUUAAGUCCUGAAAGUCAUUCUGAUAGUUUUGAAGAAUCUAUAAUAAAUGCUCAAAAUGAAAUGCACCAAAAACGUAUACUAGCUUUGCGAAAAGAGUUGGAUUAUUUAAAAGCUACAGAAUGGAAGUUUGAGUCUGACAAGGGUAUAUCGCAAUAA